CAACACACGUGUACGUUUCCUCUCCCCGAAGGACGGAAGCGUGCGCUUACGAGCUGGCUCCGGGAAGCGCGCAGACCACGGAGAAGGAGUUCCUGCCCCACGCAACAGAAGCAGGUGAAGAUGUAUGGGGAAUGAAAGAUGCCAAGACAAACAACCAUUGCUGUUACUGUGGCCUCCCUGUUGGGCAUUGCAGCAGGAGGCCUGAUUUUCUGGAAAGUCAUCCGGCGUCAGAAACAAAAAUAUUGCGUUGCACGUAACCUAGGAAGAGCAGUCCAAGAAGGAGAAAAGGAAGACCCCUCGGAAGAGAAUUUUCUCUCGCUCCAUUCUUCCGCCACAAUCUCCUGGGUGGAGAAGAUUCUUGGGGCAGAAGUGGUGGUAAUUUCUGAGGCAGAGCAGUGGAAUGAAUUGGAACCCUUUAUUCAGAAAGUGUUGGUGUGUUGUCCAGUCCUUGGAAUUGACUGUGAGUGGGUCUCAGUCAAAGGGAAGAAGUAUCCGCCUGUGUCUCUCUUGCAACUGGCUGUUUACAGUGGUUUUUGCAUUAUUCUUCGCUUGCCCCAGCUGACCAGAGGUGGACAGGUUCUUCCAAAGACUUUGCUGGACAUUCUGGCAGAUGGUAGCAUCCUGAAAGUUGGGGUAGGGUGUUGGGAAGAUGCUUGCAAGUUACUUCAUGGCUACAGUGUAACAGUGAAAGGGAGCGUGGACCUUCGGUAUCUAGCCGUAAGACAGAAUAAGGUCCUUCCCCAAAAUGGACUCAGCCUCAAAGCUCUUUCUGAGAAGAUCCUCAGCUACCCACUUGACAAGUCUUUUCACCUGCGCUGCAGCAACUGGGAAGUAGAAGAACUGACUGCAGAACAGGUUGCUUAUGCUGCCAGGGAUGCCCAGGUGUCAGUAGCUCUGUUCCUCCACCUGCUGAACUUGCCCUUCCUUCCAGCAGGCUGUAAAUAUGCUCUUCUUCCUGGUUGGGAAAAAGUCCUUAAGAUGUGUCAGGGUUUGGCAGAUGUACCUUUCAAAGGAAUAAACAGGAGUAGCUUUGGAGAUGACGGAAACACAGGAGGCCCAAAGAAGAAAAGAAACAUUCCAAAGUCAGUAAAUGAUGGACAGUCCCCUGUGAACCAACAAUCAAAGGAUCCUCGAAAGUACAAGCGAAAGCCGUUGGGCAUUGGAUAUUCUGUUAGGAAAUCUCCCUUGUAUGACAAUUGCUUCUUACAUGCACCAGACGGGCAGCCUCUAUGCACUUGUGAUCGCAUGAAGGCUCAGUGGUACCUUGACAAAGGCAUUGGAGAGUUAGUGAGCACGGACCCAUUUAUUGUGAAGCUACAGUUUGAACCUUCUGGGCGCCCUGAAUCUAAAGCGGAUUAUUACUUGACUGUCAAAGAGAACCUUUGUGUUGUGUGUGGCAAAAGAGAGUCUUAUAUUCGGAAGAACAUAGUUCCUCAUGAGUACCGGAGGCACUUCCCCAUCCUGAUGAAGGACCACAACUCCCAUGACGUGCUUCUCCUCUGCACUUCCUGCCAUGCCAUCUCCAAUUACUAUGACAACCAUCUCAAGCAGCAGCUGGCUGAGGAGUUUGGUGCCCCCAUUGGUUGCGAGGAGGGCAUCCGCCUCCUGGAAGACCCCAUCCGCAGGCAGGUCCGCUCAGGCGCCAGGGCUCUCUUGAAUGCAGACAGUCUUCCCAAUGCCAGGAGGGAGGAGUUGCUACAGGUGAUCAAGGACUACUUUGACUCUGUGACCGUUUCCCCGGAGAUGCUGCAGGAAGCAGCUGGACUGGAAACCAGGAUUUGUAACGAGAGCUACAUGCCACAUGGCCUAAAAGUGGUACAGUGUUUUUCCCGCGGGGGCCUUCGCUCCCUCAUGCAGCUGGAGAGGCGCUGGCGACAACACUUCUUGGACGUUAUGAAGCCCAGGUACCUCCCGACGCAGUGGUCUGUCAGUCACAAUCAUGAGAAGCUGAUCCAAAAAUAUGGGGAGGAUCUCCAGGUCGAACUCUCUUGAAGCGUAAUGAGGAUUAAUACACUAAGAAGGUGACGGGAAAUAUACUUGGGAAAUAAACUGGGGCUCUUUGUUUUCCAUUAUGCACCAAUACUGGAUGUGCAGGAUCCUGCUCAGAUUGCCUGUCGCUUAGGAAAUCGGCAAAACCAUGAGAAAUGGUUAAAACAUCUUUUUAAAGUUCUGAAUAAAUUUUAAGUACAGUACUAUUUGAACCCUUUGUUUCUGUGCUGCAUUGUUACACAAAGGCUACUGUAGCCAGAUUUUUGUCAGGGAGGGACUUCCAGGAUCACGAAGGAUGUCAUGGUGGCAAUGAAUACUGUUUUAAAGUAACAAGUGUGUUCCCUCUGGUCCCGGUCUCCUCAGCAGACUGCAGUAAGCCUAUUUUAACUUUACCUUUGUGGUAACUGGAAAAAGCAAUAGAAGAUAAUGUCAGACUGGUGGUGUUACAGCACAAGGUGUAUUUGAAGCUGUUGAGUGCUUGAAUUUCAUCCCAAACAAGAGCUUUUCAAGUUCCCAUCUGUCCAGGCUCAAGCACUCACUUGACCAGUGACACCAGGGGAAGGGAAAGGACUGUUCAGGAAUUCCUGACUAAGCCACAGGCAGUUUCGAGAAGACCACUCCUUUAUUGAAAGACUGAGGCAUGUGGAUGUUUUGUUUUUCUGUCCCUCAUUCUAUUACCCAAGUAAGAAAUACUGGCAAAUACUAGGUGCAAACUGCCUUAACAGCAUCUCAUAGCCACUUUUUCUCUAUGGUGGAGCCAGUCUGCUAGCUUCCCAGCAAGUGCGUUGCUAUUUUGGUUCUCACGCUGUUUCAGAAAGUGCAAAUUAGGUGGGUUCCCCUUUAAAGGUGAACUGAAUGAAUUUCUCAUCCCUAGUCUGAAGCAAGAUCUCUACCUUGACUUCUGGAAGGUGUUGAAAUUCAAUUCGUAUUUAAAUGUGAACCUACCUAAGCUUGAACUUUCCAGAACAUUACGAGAUCCAAAACAUAGCCAGCCUUCAAAAUGCACAGCUCACUGAAUUUUGAGAAGCUGCUCUCCAGCCAAACAAUGUUUACAGAAACACAUAUAUCAGGGGAAAGUGUGCAGAAAAAUGAUUAUAUUUGCCGGGGGAAAUGUGCAUUGGUCAAAACUAUAUACAAGAAUGUCUGUGUGUGAGGAUCAACGCUGAUCAAUUUUCACGCCGUUUAAAAAAAUAAACCCACCAAUUGCUGUGGAAACGCGUCAAACUGAUUUUAAGAUUGGAGAAAUAUUAAUCUGAGAGAACUGAGAUUGACAGGUCUGUCCAUCCCUAUUCCAGACACAUGGAAGAGGAGAUUGUUACUAAAACUUACUGCAAAAUUAAACAACAACCGACUGCUAUCUUAUUAACCAAGAAUCACUGUGGCAUAUGAAUCCUGAGAAGUUAAGUGGCUGAGGCCUCAUCUGCAGUAUCAUACUACUUUAAGCAGUCAUGUCUUCUCCCAAAGAACAGUAGUUUGUUAAGAGAUCCCAUUCCUUUCACAGUUACAAUUGCCAGAGUGGUUUAAUGAUCAGUCCCUCUUCCCAGGGAACUCUGGGAAUUGUAGUUCUGUGAGGGGAAUCCUAAUACCCUUAGGGUCUUUUCUGCUUGCCACAAUUAGCUCCCUAGAGCUAGAACUAAAAAUAAGACUUUUCUUCAGUUGCUUAGUCCAGCAUCUGGACUGAUAGUUCAUUGAUAUGAUUUUAAAACUCCUGAUACUUGAGGUUUGCCAGGCUUGUACUGGCUCUCAGUCUGAUCAGAUUCUGUCACCUUUACACUCUUUGGUGCGGGAGGAAGACCAUUUUUAUUUACCCAGGCUUUUUAAAUCUUUGCCUCUUAAUGCAAUUAAUUUCAGAUCUGCAGUGUACUUUUAGUGAUGCUGUGCAUCUUGUACUGUUUUACUGGUCGCUGCUGACAUUUUUAUGCUGCUGUUUUAUUGUUUCAUUGAUACUGUAUUUUAGUGUUUUGUUGCUGCAUGCUGCCCCCUGAACACUGAUAUUGGGCUGCAUACAAAUACUGUAAAUAAAUUGAAACAAGCUGCCUUGCAAUGGAAAGGGGGGAAUGGCUACAUGAAUCUUAACUAACCUCACAGGGUGCUGUGAGGUCUAACCGUUAUUUAUACAUUCUAGGGAAUUUAAUUGGGUUUUUAAAAAAGAAAAGAAAUAAAAACUGUGCUACCAGCUAUUUGUGUUCACCAUUAAUAUUUGAUAGGAGUGUCAACAUUUCUGCGCAUUUUAACAUUGUUGAAUAAAUCUUAGUUUUAAAGAAAUGAUA